AUGGAUGUUCAGAAGAGCAACACAGACCAUGUGGUAGUCACCAUAGACCAAUCAAACCCCAAACUCAAACAAUCACCCCAAGCAGAUCCUAAUACUGCAAUCUCACAAUCAAGAACGAAAACUUUUAGACGCCUAAACUUCUCCAAGCCCCGCUCACGGUUCGAGGAGAUUAAGCAACCUUUGCCAACAAGAACGAUUCUCGAAUCUGAAGAACUCCAACCCUUCAACCCUUAUGAAAACAACUACUCAUCUACAGACGACGAUGACGAUGAAGACUGGUAUGAAAAUGAAGAAGAUGAUGAAGAAGAAGAUGGAAAACACGGAAAGCACCGAAAGAAAAGGAAGAGAAAGAUAAACAAGCGAGCUGUUAUUGAAUGGACUUUGUUUCUCAUAAUCAUGACUUGCUUGGUAUGCUCCCUAACCCUAGAUUUUCUCAUAAACAAAUUGAAGUGGGGUUUGGAGAUAUGGAAAUGGUGUCUAAUGGUCAUGGUUAUGUUUUGUGGGCGCCUAGUCUCUGGUUGGGUUGUUGGGUUUCUUGUAUUCCUCAUAGAGAGAAACUUCAUGCUUAGAGAAAAGGUACUAUACUUUGUGUUUGGUUUGAGGAGGAGUUUCCAAAACUGUGCUUGGUUAGGCCUAGUUUUAGCUGCUUGGAUGAUCAUGUUCCCCGAUGUUCACAAGCACAGCAAGGUCCUCAAGAAAGUGUUUCGUGCUCUAAUAGCUGUGCUAAUUGGUGCCACAAUAUGGUUGCUAAAGAUCUUGUUUGUUAAAGUCUUAGCCUCCUCAUUUCAUGUAUCUACAUUCUUUGACCGCAUGAAAGAGAGCGUUUUCCACCACUACAUUUUGGAAGCCCUCUCCGGGCCACCUCUAGACGAGGACGAGAGGGAGGAGCUUCCACGACGCCCUUUCCAGGCUUCGAAGUCCUUGCCUGCGAGGUUGAGGGACAAGUCUCAGGCCGUGUCGAGGUCUAAUAGGCAAGGUUACGAGUCGAGGAGGAUUGACAUGAAGAAGCUUAGAAGGUUGAGCAUGACGAGGAGGGCAACGGCAUGGAGCGUGAAGAAGCUUGUGAACUAUGUGAGGUCUUCGGGGCUGUCGACGAUUUCAAGAACCAUAGAUGAUUUUGGAAACGCAGAGUCGGAGAUCACAAGUGAAUGGGAGGCCAGGAACAGUGCUCAAAGGAUAUUCAAGAAUGUUGCUAAGCCUGGUGCCAAAUAUAUAGAAGAGGAAGAUUUACUACGGUUCUUGAGGAGGGAUGCAAUUCACACCACAUUUCCUCUCUUUGAAGGAGCAAUUGAAACUGGAAGAAUUACAAAAUCUUCCUUCAGAAACUGGGUGGUGCAUGCCUAUAUUGAGCGCAAAGCAUUGGCUCACUCCUUGAAUGAUACCAAGACUGCAGUGCAUCAACUCCACAAGUUGGCAAGUGGAAUCGUGACUGUGAUCAUAAGUGUGGUGAGCCUUUUGGUGAUGGGUUUGGCCACAACCAAGGUGAUCUUUGUGGUGACCUCUCAACUGCUGCUUGUAGGCUUCAUGUUCCAAAACAUGUGCAAAACUGUGUUCGAGUCCAUCAUUUUUGUGUUCGUGAUGCACCCAUUUGAUGUCGGUGAUCGUUGUGUGGUCGAGGGUGUGCAGAUGAUUGUAGAAGAGAUGAACAUUUUAUCAACAGUUUUCUUACGAUACGAUAAUGAGAAAAUAUACUACCCUAAUUCUGUGCUACUUACAAAGCCUAUCAGUAAUUUCAGAAGAAGUCCAGACAUGGCUGACACUGUUGAUUUCACCAUUGAUGUUUCUACUCCAGUUGAUGAUGUUUCUGCACUCAAGAAGUCUAUACAAUCAUACAUUGAGAGUAAGCCAAAGUAUUGGAGCCCAAAACACUCGGUGAUAGUGAAGGAGAUUGAGAAUGUGGACAAGAUGAAAAUGACGCUAUGUGUUCAACACACCAUGAACCAUCAAAACUAUGGAGAGAAGAGUGCUCGAAGAUCAGAACUUGUGUUUGAAUUGAAGAAGAUUUUCCAAAACCUUGGCAUCGAAUAUCAUCUUCUUCCUCAAGAGGUAAAUCUCACACAAUUGAACGCAAGCAAUGGGAGGCUGACGAUACCCUCUUAG